AACCACCCCCAGACAGGAAACUUUGGUAUCGGUAGAAUGUACUCCGGAUACGAACAGCGCCGCGGUAUUCCUUCGCUUUUUACCCUGCUGACAUUCGCCUCUUGCAUCUGCAUUGCUAUACCUGUCAAUGGGCAACCUUUUCAGCCGUCCUCCCUCGCAAGUGCCGAGGGCCUGCGUGAGGCUAUUGCAGUGGCGGGAUUUUUCCAGGGGGGCAAAUCCCACAAUAAGUGCGUUAUCUAUGGGGUGAGUAAGGACAGCGGUGAAGGCGUCUGCAAUCUCAGCGGACGCACAGAGCGUAUCUCCCACCAUAGCACCGACCCCGCCUCCCUCCUCCAACACCACUGCCACCCCAACCACUGCCCCGACCACCUCACCAACUUCAAAACCUUCUAA